AGAACAGGGCUUGUGCGGAAGUACGCUUAUCGCUGUUGAACUUUGUCAGUCAAGAUCAAGUUGCAGCUAUCAAGGCCUUAUCUGAAAGGUCGUGGGUCAUGGAGUAAUGCGCAGUAUCUAUCACCAUUCGGGUAUCAGAGUCCGCAGGAUCAGCUAGCCUAGGGUGGAAACUCCUUCGUACACAGUGUAUUGGAUCCACCUCUCGCACUGCCGCCUCAUCGAGUCGGACCUUUUGACGCUAUCGCCCCAGAGUUACAUCCAACAGAACCGACCGUUGCACUUUAUACUGCCUCAUGCGAGUGCUCUCGCCUUGUUCGCAGUACACCCCACACCAUGGCCUCAUUCAUCCAGUAUCUUCGAGGAGAGUCACGAGUGCCUGGUGAGCGAAAGUUGAUUGUUAAACUCGAUUUCUUCAUCCUCACUUUCUGCUGUUUGAUGUACUUCCUGAACUAUCUGGAUCGGACCAAUCUCAACAAUGCGUAUGUCAGUGGAAUGAAAGAAGAGCUUGGAUUUCAUGGAAACCAACUCAAUCAAAUCAACACCGUCUUCACGGUGGGAUAUACCAUUGGACAAGUGCCAUGCAAUAUAGCCCUUUACUACGUGAAACCGAGGAUUUUCUUUCCCAGUUGUAUGGUAAUUUGGGCUGGCCUCACAAUGGCAACGGCAGGCGCGCAACAUCCGCGAGACAUCAUGGCCAUUCGCUUCUUCCAAGCUAUUUUCGAAGCGUCCACCUUUGUUGGCACCCACUACAUUCUGGGCUCUUGGUAUACUGAACGCGAGCUUGGUAAACGAUCUGGAAUCUUCACAGCUUCCGGGCUUGCUGGAACCAUGAUUGGUGGUUUUAUCCAAACCGGUAUUCAUUCUAGCAUGGACGGGUUGAGCGGCCUGUCCGGCUGGCGCUGGCUAUUCGUGAUCGACGGUAUUAUCACAAUCCCCGUCGCGAUAUAUGGCUUCUUUCUCUUUCCUGAUACACCAAGAACUACCAGAGCGCCAUAUCUUACGGCAGAUGAUAAAGCUCUCGCCAUCUCUCGGGUACCCGAAACCCCAGAACGCACACCGAUUUCCUGGGGCUUCCUCAAACACUGCUUCUCAACAUGGUUCUGGUACUUUUUCGUCGUCCUCUGGAUGAUCGCCGGCGAGACAGAAUCAUUCAGCUCAAACGCGCUUCUGUCGCUGUACAUGAAAGCUCAUCCAACCAAAAAGUAUACUGUCUCACAGCUGAACAACUACCCAACUGGUGUGCCGGCUGUCGGCAUUGUUUCGACUUUGUUCUGGGCCACACUGACAGACUUUUGGGGUGGAAGACGUUAUCUCGUCGGGUACUGGAUCGGCAUCACAGGCGUGGUGACCAGCGCCCUCAUCCUAGCCUACCCAGAAAGUACUAGCAUUCACUUUGCUAUGUAUUAUUGGGCAGGAAGCGUAUAUGCAUGUCAAGCAACAUUCUUCGCAUGGGCCAACGACGUCUUGCGCUACGAAGAGGACAGCCUUCGAGCUGUAGUCAUAGCGUCCAUGAAUAUGGGGAAUAAUGCGAUUAAUGCAUGGUGGAGCAUCGUAUUCUAUGGUGCGAACUUUGCACCAUAUUUCACAAGGGGAAUGUACGCGAUGAUUGCGACGAGCAUUGCAUUGGCCAUCUGGACGGCACUUCUCGUCUGGAUGCAGAAGCGGACAGAUAGGAGACGAGAGCACGAGGGCGUCUAUGCCAGCCGAGAGGAGAAGGAUCCUGUCUCUGUUCAGGAUGGGCCUGAUGAGGACAAUCGCGUUGAACUAAAGGCAUGAUCCAAUGGUGUGGGCAAUGCA